AUGAGGGUUGAACAUAUAGAAAAGCGAGUACAACAACAAUUUCCGUUAAUUGAUGUCAUAGUUAAAUCCUAUGACAAUUUAGUUGAAAACAGUUUGAUUAAUAAUUCAAAUCAAAGAAUCAAUGCUUGCCUCUCCUCGUUAAAAGAAACAUGGGAGAAAUUCUCCUUGAAUCAUGAGGCAAUUAAAUUGUCAAUUACUAAGCUUAGUACCGAGGAUAAACUUACAAUUUACAAUCACGCUUAUUUUGUUGAAAAUUUAUUUUCUGACACUCAUGUAUGCUAUCUCGAGUCGCUUGAAAGGAUAACUUCUAUGUUGGAGUCAGAUCAGUUGUCAACUACGGCCUCUGUGUCAACUCAAUCUCUUUCUCAGCCAUUGAGUUCAACUGCUUUUGUACAACACACGAGGCUUCCAAGAAUUACUAUUCCAACUUUUAACGGAACUCCAUCAGAAUGGCUGUCAUUUAAAGAUUUGUUUACUUCCAUUGUGAUUAACAACCCGAGUGUCUCCGCGGUUGAAAAACUACAAUAUUUAAAAACAAAUUUAGUUGGAUCUGCCGCCCUGUUAAUUAAAGAUACUGUUCUUAUAGCUGACAACUUUCAAAAGACAUGGGAUGUCUUAGUCUCUUUCUAUGAGAAUAAACGAGUACUUGUUCAUUCAGAAUUACAAUCGUUGUUUACGCUUAAACGAAUAACUAAAGAAUCAGCGGCUGAACUUGAGCAGCUCUACUCUAAGAUAGGUCAAGCUUAUAGAACUUUGCAAAGUCUUGGUCGACCAGUUGAUCAAUGGGAUGACGUGUUGGUUUACACAGCAACUCAGCGAUUAGAUGCUGAGUCAUUAAAAGCAUGGCAAAACAAAUUAGGAUCUGCUAAAGAUCCGCCCUCAUGGGCUCAGUUUAGUGAGUUUCUGUUUUCUCGUAUAUUAGCUCUUCAGGCUUAUGAAAAAUCUCAUCAUGGAAAAUUUAUUCAGCAAACACGACAACAACCGGCUAAAGUACAUUUCCAAGGAAAAUCUAAAGAUUUAGCAUCCAACAACAAUUCUUGUUGUGUGAUAUGCUCAGAGAAGCACUUUACUCCUAACUGUCCUCAAUAUAGUAAUAAAACUGUUUCUCAGAAGAAAGCUCUCAUCGUCAAGCACAAAAUGUGUUACAAUUGUCUCGGGUUACAUCGAGUUUCGUUUUGUAAAACAACUAAAAGAUGUAAGAAGUGCGGGCAAAAACACCAUACUUCAAUUCACACUGCAAACGUUUCAACGAAUGAAAAUAAGAAGUCUCCUGAAGUAAAAGAAAACCUUUCGUCAACCGUUACUAAACCUGAAGCUAAGGUUUUGCACUCUUCUGUAAAAAAUCCAUUGAUAGUAUCUCAAGUAUUAUUAGCUACAGCGCAAGUUGUUCUUAUAUCAGAAAAUGGUCGAAUUACAAAGGUUAGAGCUCUUAUAGAUCAAGGCUCGGAAAUUUCUAUAAUAACAGAACGGGUUGUGCAACGACUUCAACUUCCACGAAGUCCUUCAUCAUUGUCAUUAAUAGGGAUUGGCGCUCAAAAGUCUAACAAGACUCGAGGCCUUACUUCUUUCACACUUAAACCACAUUUUGAUUCUAAUAUUGAAUACUUAGUCUCAGCUCAUAUUCUUCCAAAGCUUACUUCUUCGAUUCCCUCUACUCAACUUGAUAAGACAUCAUGGCCUCAUUUAAGCGAACUUAAACUUGCAGAUCCAGAAUUUGCAAAACCCGGAUCAAUCGAUUUAAUAUUAGGAGCCGAUAUAUACGGACAGAUAUUAGAAGAAGGCAUAGUAAAGGGAGCUUCUAAUACACCUAUUGCUCAAUGUACUAGAUUAGGAUGGAUCGUUUCAGGCUCAACAAAUUCAAAAGAUACCACUUCAAAAGUCCAUGGAUAUCACGUUACUGUCGAUGAAGAUCUGUACGCUUUAAUAAGGAAAUUCUGGGAAUUGGAAGAAAUUCCAACAUCAAAUAUUACUGUCUUAUCUCCCGACGAACAAGAAUGUGAAAACCAUUUUAAAGCUACACAUAUGAGGGAUUUAAAUGGAAGAUACAUUGUCAAACUUCCUUUUAAAGAAUCAACAGAUAAACUAGGAAAUUCUAAAACAAAAGCUGCACAAUUAGUUAAAAGUUUAUUCAAUAGAUUUAAUGCUCAACCUGAUUACGCUAAAUAUUAUACUGAAUUUAUUAAUGAAUAUGAGAACCUGGGUCAUAUGCAAAGGGUUCCAGGUUGUCAAGUUGAGCCUGAACGAUCUUAUUAUCUCCCACACCAUGGAGUGUGGAGAGAACAAAGUCUUACAACAAAAUUGCGAGUAGUUUUCAAUGGCUCCAGUCUAACAACGUCAGGCGUUUCCCUCAAUCAAUUGCUUCAUGCAGACAUUGAGAAAAUGUACAGACAGAUAAUGGUCCAUCAGGAUAAUUGGGAUUAUCAAAGAAUAUUAUGGAUGAAUAAAAUGAAUGAGAUAAUUAUUUUCGUUCUUACCACAGUCACUUACGGACUUGCAUGCGCUCCAUUCUUAGCAUUACGCACAUUCAAUCAAUUGAUUUUUGACGAAGGAAACCGUUUUCCUCUUGCCCUCCCUACAAUGAAAAAGGGUAGAUAUGUUGACGACUUCUUUGGAGGUGCCGAUACAGUCGAAGAAGCAAAAGCAGUUGUCAGUCAGGUUGACCAGCUCUGCAUGGCGGGCGGUUUUAAUUUACAAAAAUGGGUCAGCAAUAAUCCAGACGUUCUUGAAGCUAUUCCUCCUAGUAAACGAAUUGAUUCGCUUUCCAUUCAAAUAGAGAACACGUUAAUCCAUGCCCUCGGACUGUGCUGGCAACCAUCCACUGAUGUUUUUCAAUUUACUUUAAAUUUAUCUAAGCCUAAGGUCAUUUCUAAAAGAACUAUUCUAUCUACAAUUGCCAAAUUAUUUGAUCCUUUAGGAUUUCUAUCACCUAUUACCAUUUCAGCUAAGAUAUUUAUUCAGACAUUAUGGUCACAUAAACUUGAAUGGGAUGAUCAACUCCCUCCUCCUCUUUCUGAUAAAUGGACUACCUUUGUUAGCCAACUUAAAGAUAUGCCAAGUUUUACUUUCCCAAGAUGGUUAGGAUUCCAAUCGUCAGAUACCCUAGAAAUGCACGGAUGUAGCGAUGCAUCACAAAACGCAAUAGCUGCAGUCGUUUAUAUACGAUCUACAUCAAAGGAGGGAAAGGUCACCGUCACUUUAGUGGCAUCAAAAACGAAAGUAGCUCCCUUGAAGAAACAAACUAUACCUCGUUUAGAAUUAGCAGGAGCAGCAUUACUCGUUAAAUUAAUGGUACAAGUUUUGCAAGUAUUGGAGAUAAAAGGUAUACGUGUUUUUGGUUGGCUCGAUUCUUCUGUGGCUUAUACCUGGAUCACUAACCCUCCAUCGAGAUGGAAGGAAUUUGUUCAAAACCGAGUCUAUUUAAUACAAGAUCAACUACCACAAGCCUCAUGGGGAUUAAUUCCUGGUAACGAAAAUCCAGCUGACUUAGCGACUAGGGGAAUAACUCCAUCUCAACUAUUGAACUGUUCCACAUGGUGGACAGGACCCCAUUGGCUUUCUCAACACGAAUCAACAUGGCCAAAGGUCUCUGCAUCUUUAAACGAUAAUGACCUUGAAGAGAGAAAUAAACAAAUCUCCACUGUUAUUAUCGAUAAAUCCUCAGAACUAUGGGAUCUGAUUUUUAGGUACUCGAGUCUCACUAAAUUACUAAGAAUAACUGCAUUAUGUAGAAAAUUCGUUUCAUUGCUCAGAAAAUGUCGGAAUUCCAGUGAAGAAAAAUCACUAAGUAUUACUGACAUAGAACGCGAAAAAUUGUACUGGGUUAAAGCUAUUCAACAGUCUUUCUUCUCUCAAGAGAUUAAGAUUCUAUCCCAGGGACAAUCUCUCCCAAAAUCAAAUCCUCUUCUUUGUUUAACAUCAUACCUUGAUAAACAAGGAUGCAUUCGUGUAGGAGGACGAUUGGAGCAUUCUCAACUAAGUGAAGGUUCUAAGCAUCCUCUAAUUCUCCCAAAGAACUCUGUUCUAACCACUUUAGUGAUUGAUGAUUCACAUAAGCGCACCCUUCAUGGAGGAACUCAGUUGACUUUGUCAUUCUUACGACAACAAUAUUGGAUUAUCAGAGGUCGUACUACAGUAAAAUCCUUUAUUCAGAAAUGUGUAAUAUGUACUAGGUUUCGACAAAAAAGAGCACAGCAGUUAAUGGGUCAACUUCCAGUCAAUAGAGUUACACCAUCUCGUGCUUUUCUUAAUUCUGGAAUUGAUUAUGCAGGCCCUUUUGUCAUUAAAACAUGGAAAGGCAAGAAUGCGCGUACUUACAAAGCUUACGUUGCCUUAUUUGUUUGUUUUGCUACAUCAGCACUACAUUUAGAACUUGUCACAGAUUACACGUCUGACGCAUUCAUUGCAGCUUACAAAAGAUUUACAGCACGAAGAGGAAUCUGUGCCACUUUAACUAGUGAUUGUGGUACUAACUUUGUGGGUGCUGAUAAAGAGCUCAAGAAACUCUUUUCUGAAUCAUCUAGGGAACUCAAACAAAUAGCUAUUCUUCUAGCCAACGAUGGCACUCAGUGGAAAUUUCACCCACCUUCAGCUCCUCAUUUUGGAGGAAAGUGGGAAGCUGGCGUAAAGUCGGUUAAAACUCAUUUAAAAAGAAUUGUUGGAGAUCAACUCUUAACAUAUGAAGAAAUGGUUACUUUUCUUACACAAAUUGAAGCAGUUCUUAAUUCGCGUCCCCUUUACCCUUUAACAGAUGAUCCUGAUGAUCUCACAGUUCUUACUCCAGGCCACUUCCUUAUAGGAACAGCGCCUACAGUCAUACCCGAACCAUCGUUAGAGACAGUCAAAAUGUCUCACCUUAGUCGUUGGCAACUGAUCAGGAAGAUGCUAGAAGGCUUCUGGUCUCAGUGGUCAAAAGAGUAUUUACAACGAUACCAUUCCAUUUACAAGUGGAAUAGAGUUGCUCCCUCGCUAAAGGAGGGUGCUCUGGUUUUGAUUGUCGAUGAAAGGAAUCCGCCUUCAAAAUGGCCGUUAGGCAGAAUUAUACAAACUCAUCCAGGACCUGAUGGUCAUACUCGAGUUGUUACAGUACGAACUCAGUCAUCAACUUUCAAGCGACCGAUAGUAAAAAUUUGUCCUCUUCCCAUAGAAAUUAAUGAAGCGUAA